UUUCCGAGAGUGCGCAGUGGGUGCGUCGGACCCGAGCCUUCGGCCUGGGUGGGGAGGGGGCGUCGUUGAGAUGGGGGCGGCGGCAGCGGAGGCGGACCGCACUCUCUUUGUCGGCAACCUUGAAACUAAAGUGACAGAGGAACUACUUUUCGAGCUUUUCCACCAGGUGAGCGGCUGGGGUCAGCCCCAGUUUGCAUUUGUGAAUUUCAAACAUGAAGUAUCUGUUCCUUAUGCUAUGAAUCUUCUUAAUGGAAUCAAACUUUUUGGAAGGCCCAUCAAAAUUCAAUUUAGAUCAGGAAGUAGUCAUGCCUCACAGGAUGUCAGUUUGUCAUAUUCCCAGCAUCAUGUUGGAAAUUCAAGUCCUACUUCUACAUCUCCUAGCAGCAGGUAUGAAAGGACUGUGGAUAACGUGACAGCAUCGGCACAAGUAAUACAGAGAUCAUUUUCUUCUCCAGAAAAUUAUCAGAGACAAGCAGUGAUGAACAGUGUUUUGAGACAGAUGUCUUAUGGUGGGAAAUUUGGGUCUUCACAUGUGGAUCAGUCAGGAUUUUCACCAUCAGUUCAGUCACAUAAUCAUACUUUCAAUCAGUCUUCAAGCUCCCAGUGGCGCCAAGAUUCAUCAUCAUCACAGCGUAAAGUCAGACAGAAUUCUCAUCCCUACCUUACAGAUAGACAUUAUAGCCGCGAACAGCGUUACACCGAUCAUGGAUCUGAUCAUCAUUACAGAGGAAACAGAGAUGAUUUCUUCUAUGAAGAUAGGAAUCAUGAUGGCUGGAGCCAUGAGUAUGAUAACAGAAGAGACAGCAGUAGAGAUGGAAAAUGGCGCUCCUCUCGACACUAACUGUUAGUAAACGGACAUGGUUUCAUGGGAUCAUUUUAGGCCUGUUUGACUAAGUUGGUAUGGAAAUAUUUUGAAAAACUAUAAAGCAACUUUACAAGUUGCCACAUUUCUUUAUAAGUUUUUUAAAACCUAGAGCUACAGUUUAAUACAGAAAUGAGAAGAAUUGUGGUUUCAAUUUUAUUACAUUAAUAACCUUUCACCUCAGGGCUUUAUGAAGAGGAAAGGGUUUUAUGCAAAAGAAAUGCUACAAUUCCUACUCAUUUUAGGUAGUUUAGGAAGGGUGAAUUGUAUAGAGGGGUUGUAUUAUAAAGCAAAUAUUUUAAUUAUCUGUUGUCCUUUUGUAUUGCAAUUUGUUAGUGAAUCAGAUUUUGGUGUAUAUAAUAACAUCCAACUUGAUAGUCUGCAAAGGCUAUCUGUAUUUUGUUAAUAAAUUAGAAAAAAACUUUC